UUCAGGGGUCCACCUCGCACAACUACCCCUGCGGCUAACGUUUCAGAUGGCCCACAGGCGUCGCCAGGCGCAAACGGUUUUCCCCUGAACCGAAGCUCAACACGGAAAUUCCUCCCUCAUCAACCCACCCCUGGGACCAUCCCUAGUCCCAAGCGACUGGCCCGGACGCUCCCGUCUGACAAUGGCGCAUCUCGCCAAUCAAGGACAUCCGGCCGCGUGGGCCCUGGCGCCCUUGGCAGGCUUGCAGCGCUGGAUCUUGUUCGCAUUCUUCUGCGCGGAUUGGAUGCCGACGCACGACGACGAGGGAAAAGACAAACUUGGCGAAGACACCUCCGUGUCCGUGAUUCUGGGAUUCUGGAAAGCCAAGCGAAGCGAGCGAGGGCUCCCUCCCUUCCUUCUUCUGCCCACCCAGCACUGUGUACUAGUGUACUGUGUAGGUAGUCGCGUACGCGCUGGCAUCUCCAUACCUACCCGUUUCAGAUACCCGCUGGGUCCCUGGCUUUGCUUCGUCACCGGUGAAGCGAUUCUCUUCUUUUCUCGAGGUGGUGCUUUAUUAUUAUGUACUGUUAUUAUUGCUUUUACGGAUAUUUAUUAUGUGGAUAACGUGUUGUGUGUUGUAGUUAACGUGCGUUAUUCCACACAGCUCCCCCCCUUGUUUCCUUUCUUUCGCCGCCUUUCCCCUCCGUUGUGGCUUAAUGUUAUGUCUUCAUUUCGCUUCUCUUGAGCCCCCCCUCGCUUUCUUUCCACUUUGGCUGGUGCCAGACCUCGUGAUUUGGACGUCGAAGACACACGGAUCAUUCCGUUUGUGAAUUGCAGCUCUGUUGCCCUUGUCUGUUCUCGUCUUUCUGUUCGUUCCAAGGUUGAUCCUCGGCCGUGUUAUCCUUAGACGUCGACAGUCUUUCUUUCCUAUCUCUCCGUUCACUUCCAGUUAUCC